UGUCAUUCAGUGGUGGUGAAUCGGCGAUCGUUCAACAGCUGUGCUCGAUCGGCGGAAGAUGUUGAAAAAUUCAACGAUCAUCGAUGCUUCUUGACAUACAAUAUCGGAGGAGACGGUGCCGCAUAUCGAGCUACGCUUAACCAUGACGAUACUCCGAAAUAUUCUGUUCGUCUGGAUUGUGUCGUGUAUCGUGUCCCGGGUCGACUACGCCGAAAGCACUCAUAUCUCGGGCACGUUCAACACGAAAGAGUUCUUCUGUUUUCUCAUCAAAUUCGGCUUUCAAAAAACGGAUCGUCACCAACAAAAGGACUCCUACGGAUAUAUUUUCGGCAAUGUAACGUCCAAGUCCAAUUUCGUGGCGCCGAUCACAUUGGCGGUUCUGGAUCGUGGUCAUUUCAUAGAAUAUUACGGUAAUCGGACGUUAGAAGACAAGAGUACUGCUUGCACCCUGAUGUUCAACACCCUGAAUCAAAGUUCAUACGAUGUGCACUGCAACGAAGAAGGUCGAGAUUUCUUGAGGAGAGUACCCUGUCCAAAGGGCAAGCUGUGUCCGGAUGAAGAUUCUGUAUGGAACAUUGUAAAGGGACAUCAAUUCACAUAUGUCAUACAAGAUUUCUGGCAGCCACGCUUCUGGUACAUGAGCUUAGUGGCCUGUUACAGGAACACAACCACCUGUCAGUGGGAAUAUUAUGAUAAGCAUGAUGAACUGCAAUACGAUAUCUGGCUGGUAAAUGGCAAUCCAAACACCAGCGGUCUAAACAGCUUGACUUAUCAGUUCUCGUACGACAGGCAGAAUACUAUAGAAUUAUACUUAUUAUUCUUCAUGUGCUAUAUUAUACUUGUGCCACUACAAUUGUACGCUGUGAGAUUACAAAAGCAUCCUGUGACUAGAUUGUUCACCGCCAGUCUUCUGUUAGAAUUCAUAGCACUAUGUUUAAUUUUGAUACACGUGCUGAAAUUUGCUCUUGACGGAGUUGGCUACGAACAAUUAGAAGUUGCUGGUGAUAUUUUUGAUAUUCUAUCUAGAACAUCAUUCAUGCUGCUGCUCUUGUUACUUGCCAAAGGAUGGGCAGUAACUAGAAUGGAAUUAAAAUGGAAACCAUUAGUUUUUGCUAUAUGGCUUUGUUACGGAGUGGUCCAUAUCUUGUUAUAUGUCUGGAAUAUGACGGAAGUUGAUAUUAUCGAAGAUAUCGACGAGUAUCAGACAUGGCCAGGAUGGUUUAUACUUCUAUUUAGAAGUGCAAUAAUGAUAUGGUUUCUGUGUGAAUUACGAAAUACUAUGACGUAUGAACAUAAUACUCAAAAGCUAAACUUCCUGCUUCAUUUUGGUGCAUCCUCUUUAGUUUGGUUUAUAUAUCUACCUAUUAUUGCUCUAAUAGCUCUUCAAGUAAGCGCAUUGUGGAGGUUUAAACUAUUACUAGGUAUUACAUACUCUGCUGAUUGUUUUGCAUAUUGCGUAAUGGCACAUUUACUUUGGCCAACGCGAAGCGAACAGUAUUUUUUACUUGCACAAGGAGCAGACAAUGGUGACGAGUUGGAUGAGUUUAAUGAAGCACCACACGUAUUGAAUAAUUAUGUAGAACCUCCGGAACUUAGUAAAAUCAUCACUUAAUAUCAGAUAACGAACGUUUGGUAUUUGCCGAAUGGUAAACUCAUAGAGUUGAUAAUACUCUGCUAUAUGCUAUUUGAGACUGAUAUAUUCUGCACACUGUAA